ACAAACGACUCCUAUCCACACACGCACGCACGCACGGUGACCACCGCAGCAGCCAGCAUGUGGUCGGCAACGGCGGCGCGCGCGGUGGUGUCCCCGCUCCCGGCGCCGUCGCUCCUGGGCGGCCGCGGGCGGCGCGGCGGGUCGGCGCGCGGGGGCGGCGGCCGGGCGGCGACGGUGUCGGUGCGGAGCACGCUGUGGGACUUCGUGGGCGGGGACCUGGUGAAGCCCGACAUGGCGCGGUGGCUGGACGACGUGGAGAAGCACAAGGCGCUGGCAAUCUACCCGCCCCACGAGGGCGGCUACGAGGGCCGCUACCUCAACAACCUCCGUUACCAGGGCUACUACUUCCUCGACCUCACCGCGCGCGGCCUCGGCGACCCGGAGACCACGCUCACCAAGAUCCACCCCGUCUGCCCGCCGAGCCUCGGGAGGCAGCCGGUGGCGAGGUGGUACUUCCCGCCGGAGGUGGACUACAGGCUCAGCCUGCUGCACCCGGACGCCAAGGGCCUCGUCGUCUGGGUCAUCGAAGCCAAGGUUCUAUCCAAGGCUGAGCUUCAGUUCCUGGCCAUGCUCCCGGACCUCCGCCCCAAAGUCAGGGUGAUUGCGGAAUGCGGCAAUUGGAGGAAAUUUAUUUGGAAGCCACUGAAGCAAAUCGCAGGCCUUGAGCCUGACCCGGACGCAGAAAAAUGACCAAGCUGACAUUUUCAAGGCAACCACAGCUACACUCAAAUUGCUUCUCGAUCAUCUCUCCGGGCUUGCAUACUUGCAGCUUCGUACUGAAGGAGAGAGAAUUGAGGAUGUAUAUACGUUUUGGCUCUGCGCGGUCGCACAGGCCAGAACCUAUUUCCAUUAUCUAAAAAAACAUACGGUUUGGCACAAGUUUCAGGAGAGAACCACGUGAAUUUUUCCAUGUAUACAAAUUGAAAGAAUCACGGUUGCAAUGUGUUCAAACUUGAAGCAAAUUAUAGAAAA